CGCGCAGUUGGAAGAAGGGAGGCUUUGCUGCCCGGAGUCAAGAUGGCGGAAGCGGGUGAGUGAAGCAUAGGAGGAAGGCGCUGCUCAGAGGCGGAAGUGGGAGCUGCUGGAGCUGAGAGGAGCCGUUGCCAGCUUCAUGAUGGCAGACGCUAAUCCUUCUCCGUUAAGACAUUUUGUGCUGGCUAAGAAGAAGAUUACAGCCAUUUUUGAAGAGCUACUGGAUUAUGUUACUGAAGGAACACAUUUUGUUGAAGAAACGUACAAAAAUCCAGAGCUGGAACAUAUAGUUACUGAGGAUGAACUGGCAGAAAUACAGACAUAUAAAAACAAAUUGGCAAUCAUUGGUGAAGUUCUUGCACGGCGACACAUGAAAGUAGCUUUCUUUGGCAGGACCAGCAGUGGAAAAAGUUCAGUUAUCAAUGCUAUGUUGUGGGAUAAAGUGCUCCCAAGUGGCAUUGGCCAUACAACCAAUUGUUUUCUUAGUGUGGAAGGAACGGAUGGUGAUAAAGCAUAUCUCAUGACUGAAGGCUCAGAUGAAAAGAAAAGUGUCAAGACAGUUAAUCAGCUUGCCCAUGCCCUCCAUAUGGAUAAAGACUUGGAAGCUGGGUGUCUGGUCCAUGUGUUCUGGCCUAAGGCCAAGUGUGCUCUCCUGAGAGACGACUUAGUGUUGGUGGACAGCCCUGGUACUGACGUCACCACUGAGUUGGAUACCUGGAUUGAUAAAUUCUGUCUGGAUGCCGAUGUCUUUGUUUUAGUGGCUAAUUCUGAGUCAACUCUCAUGAAUACAGAAAAGCAGUUUUUUCACAAAGUAAAUGAGAAACUUUCUAAACCGAACAUCUUCAUCCUCAAUAAUCGUUGGGAUGCUUCUGCAUCAGAGCCUGAAUACAUGGAGGAUGUACGCAAGCAACACACAGAGCGCUGUCUAACAUUCCUGGUGGAUGAACUCAAAGUUGUGGGUGCUUCUGAGGCCCGGAACCGAAUCUUCUUUGUUUCAGCAAAGGAAGUUCUUAGCGCUAGAAAGCAGAAGGCCCAGGGAAUGCCUGAGGGAGGUGCUGCACUUGCUGAAGGGUUUCAGACACGUUUCCAAGAGUUUCAACAUUUUGAGAAGAUCUUUGAGGAGUGUAUCUCGCAGUCAGCAGUGAAAACCAAGUUUGAGCAGCACACUAUCAGAGCUAAACAGAUCCUAGAUACUGUGAAAAAUAUUAUGGACAGCAUAAACGUGGCAGCAGCCAACCAAAGAGUCCAUUCAAUGGAAGAACGAGAGGACCAGAAGGACAGGCUGGAUUUUGUACGAAACCAACUCAAUUUGUUGACAGAGGACAUAAAGAACAAAAUCAAAGAGAUUACAGAGGAAGUUGCCAACAAAGUGUCUUCUGCCAUGUCUGAGGAAAUUUGUCGACUUUCUGUUUUGGUAAAUGAGUUUAACUCUGAUUUUCACCCAUCCCCACAAGUCAUGAAACUGUAUAAAAAUGAACUCAACAAGCACCUAGAAGAAGGCUUAGGAAGGAACCUGGCUGACCGUUGUUCCACUGAAAUCAACAAGUUGAUGCUUCAAUCACAACAAGACAUGAUUGAAAAUCUGCAGUCCUUGUUGCCUCCAGAUGUCCAGAGUAAACUCCAUGUGCUAGUCCCAUGCAGGAAGUUUGACCUCAGCUACGAUUUGAACUGCCACAGUCUCUGUUCAGAUUUCCAAGAAGACAUUGUUUUCAGAUUUUCUCUGGGCUGGUCUGCGCUGGUCAGCCGUUUCUUGGGGCCUAAAAACACCCAAAGGGUCCUCUUAGCCAUGGCAGAGCCAGCCCUUACUAUCCCUCGGUCCCUUGCCUCCACCCCUUGUGCCCCCAGUGCUCCAGCUCUGCCAUCAGAUAAUGCCUCGCAGGAGGAACUCAUGGUCUCUUUGGUCACCAAUCUGGCAUCGCUGACGUCCCGGACCUCCAUGACAGUCCUCAUUGUUGGAGGAGUGAUUUGGAGAACGGUUGGCUGGAAGGUCAUCUCCCUUUCCCUGAGUAUGUACGGAUUGCUGUAUCUCUACGAGAGGCUCACUUGGACAACCAAGGCCAAAGAGCGAGCCUUCAAGCAGCAGUUUGUAAACUAUGCCACAGAAAAGCUGCAGCUGGUUGUCAACUUUACAAGUGCAAACUGCAGCCAUCAGGUGCAACAGGAAAUGGCCACUACGUUUGCCCGCCUGUGCCAGCAAGUUGAUAUCACUGAAAGAAAGUUGGAGGAAGAGAUUGCAAGAUUGUCCAAAGAAAUUACUCAAUUAGAAAAAAUCCAGAACAACUCAAAGCAUCUACGGAAAAAGGCUAUUUACCUUGAAAAUGAAUUUGAUUCUUUCACCAAGGAUUUUCUCCAAAAGAAGAAAUGAACCCUUCUUAUUUUUUUCUGAUUUUGUGCGUGCAAUUUAGAUGAUUUCAUACCAUCCCCAUGAAUUUUUUUCAAGCCCUCUUUAUUUUCAACCAGCAUCGCUUGGCUCUCUUGACACUUAGGUUAUGAACUCUGCCUGAGUGAGAACUAUGGGAGCUGAUCACCAUUUCCUGCCGGAGGGCAUCGAUUUUGCAACUUUUCUUAAGAGGAAUAACUUCUAUUUAUUGGCACAUAUGAAAUUUAUCUGAAGAUGUGGAAAAACAAUAAAUGAACAAACCUAUA